AUGCCGGAGGACAGCGCAGACUUGUUGUCCUGGUCGAACUUCUCGUUCGUUGAGCCGAUAUUCUCAGUGGCCCAGAAGCGGACGCUGAAUGAAGGCGACGUGUGGAGCUUGUCCCCGUACUUCAAGCACAAGAACGUCUUCAGCAAGUAUCUCAGAUACAGAGAGCAGCACCCCACCCACUCCCUCCUACGCUUCCUGUUAGUCUCGAACUCUCUGGAUCUGAUCCUUGACAUCGUGCUAGAAAUGUGGAGCGCCGUGUUUGGUUUCGUCCCUCCCUUCGCACUGCAGCAAAUCCUGUCCGCGCUCGCGGACCCAUCUCCGGAAUCAAGGCGCGCCGCGUACGUAUUCGCGCUGGUAGCCUUCCUGGCCAAUCUGUCGUUCGCACAAGUGGACCUCUAUCAGACGUGGUACACGCGUCGAUGCUAUGAGCGUACACGGGGCCAGCUGUUCUGCGCGUUGCACUACAAGGCACUGACGAGACGAGAUGUCGGCGGAAAGAGCUCUCACGACGGUGAAGAGAACGAGAACGCUGACCUUGGCAAGAUCGUCAACUUGAUGCAAGGCGACGCCUAUGCCGUGGCGCAACGGUUCUGGGAAUUCUCGGGAGUCUUCACUGCCCCCGUCCGCCUGGUGAUCGCUAUGUUCUACCUGUAUCAGAUCCUGGGCUGGAGCUCGCUCGCAGCUGUCGCCGUUGUGCUGGUCGCAUACGUCCUCAAUUACCCGCUCAUGAAGUUUUCGAUCUAUAUCACGAGAAACUCCUGGAAAAUAAGAGAUAAGCGAAUGAGUCUUGUGAACGAGCUGUUCCAGAACAUCCGUUUCCUCAAGUUUUAUGGAUGGGAAACACGGUGGACAGAGCGUGUAAAAGAAGCAAGAGAGACCGAGUUGAAGUGGCGCGUGAAAGACAAUAUCGUCUCCGUGCUGAUCGUCUUCAUCUGGUCCUGGAUGCCGUCGGCGACAGCUGUCGCUGUGUUCCUGUGCUAUACCCUCAUUGCAGGCGAGAAACUGACAGUGGCGAAGGCAUUCACAUCGAUUGCGCUGUUCUCGUAUUUGCAGGGGCCGAUGACGGCACUGCCCGGACAACUUUUCGCUUUGUUCCGUGCAUACGUCAGUAUGCAGCGUAUAGAGGCGUUCCUCAAAGAGGCGGAGGUGCCCGACUGGGCGUCUUCCUUGAAGAAGCCGCCCAGUUCGGAGACCAUCGAUCAAGACGAAAUCAGUUUUGAGGAUGCCCGGUUUGAGUGGGAUGUCUCUCCAAAAGACACCCCGUCAAGGUUUCAGCUGGGCCCACUGAACAUACGGUUUCCCGAAGGCAAGUUGACUUUGGUCAGCGGGGCGACCGGAUCUGGCAAGAGUGCUUUAUUAGCUGCUCUCCUCGGCGAGAUGCAUUGCUUGUCUGGACGUGUCAUCUUAAACAAGUCCGGUCACAGAGUAGCAUAUUGCGCGCAGAAUCCAUGGCUUGAACAUGCGACAAUCCGAGAAAACAUAAUCUUCAGCUGUGCAUAUGGCUACGAUGAACAACGGUACCAGGCAGUCAUCGAGGCUUGCGCGCUUGUCCACGAUCUAGAAAUAUUCGACGCCGGCGAUCAGACAGAAAUUGGUGAGAAGGGAAUCACACUGUCGGGUGGACAGAGGGCCCGUAUUGCGCUGGCACGAGCCUUAUACUCCCAAGCAACGUGCAUCCUACUCGAUGAUCCUCUAGCUGCCGUCGACAUGCACACCGCUCAGCAUCUCGUCAAGAAAGCGCUUUCGGGAGAACUAGCCAAAAACCGGACCAUCAUUUUGGUGACGCAUCACAUUAGUCUUUGCCUUCCCAUUGCAUCCUACCUCGUCGAGCUCUCGAGCGGCACUGUUGUCCGCCAGGGAUCUAUCCAAGACUUGCAGCGACAGGGCCAACUUACAACGUUCGUAGAAGCAGAAGACUUGACGGUAGAACCACAGACAUCUCCUGCCUCAUCCUCGGCGGCUGUUGUUGUGAAUGAAGCUGACCUACUCAGCGGCGAGCAAGAAACUGACUCAAAGCCCGAACCCGCGAACGGGAAGCUGAUCGAAGCCGAAGCUCGUGCAGAGGGUCGGGUGUCUUUGCAGACUUACUUGACCUAUAUACGGGCUGCUGGCAUCUUCUCCUGGUUCCUGACGAUAGUCCUGAUGAUACUCAUCCGCCUGAUCACGAUCGGCAAUCAGUUCUUUUUAGCGAGAUGGGGUGAGGCCUAUGAGCGCAGUGGAUCUUCCAUCAUGCGAGCCCUUAUACGCGUUCCGCCGAUCUGGGAACGCCUUCCUCCGCCGGAGCUCGACGUCAGACCCUGGCUAGUGAUCUUUCUGUGCAUCUCCCUAUCGGGCGCGUUUUCCGUGAUCGCCUAUAUCUCCCUUGGAUUCUAUGCGAGCCUUCAAGCCUCUCGAUCCCUGUUUGCAUCUAUGCUCCAAAGGCUCACUGCUGCUCCUUCCCGAUUCUUCGACGUCACCCCGAUCGGACGGAUACUCAACCGAUUCACGUCAGACAUCAACACGGUUGACUAUGCAUUGCAAGCCUCUGCCCGUGCGGCACUCUCGGGAUGUCUCAACUUCCUCGCCUCCUUAUGCGUGAUUUUGUGGGUCGUACCUUCAUUUGCACCCUUUGCUCUGUUCAUUGCUUGGCUGUACAUCCGGCUUGCCCCGCCAUACGUGCGAGCGUCGCGCGAUCUCAGACGGCUUGAAUCGGUCUCUCUUUCGCCCGCGUUCGCUGGUUUUGACGAGCUGCUGAGAGGAUUGGCUCACGUUCGUGCGUUUGGUAUGGAGCAGAGAUAUCAGGAUAGAUUCUACCAACGUGUGGAUAAGUUCCAGUCAUUUGAUCAUGUCUAUUGGCUUGUGUCCGCAUGGUUGCAAUGGAGAUACGAUUGCCUCGGAUCGGUGGUGGUAUUCCUGACGACGACGUUCGCCUUGUGGACCUCUGUAUCCUCCGGCUUCGCCGCCUUAGUGAUCGUGCAAGCAGGAGUAUUUGCGGAUGCAUCGAGAGAUCUCGUACGCGUUCUUGCACAGCUUGAACUCGACUUCAACUCUGUUGAGCGUAUAGUGGAAUAUCUAGUCGCACCUCAAGAAGCACCUGCAAUCCUGCCGGAUAGUAGACCGCCGGCAUAUUGGCCAUCGAGUAACGGAGAGCUCGUGGUGCAAGAUCUUGUUGUGCAAUAUGCCCCAGCGCUUCCAGCAGUACUGCAGCACGUGUCAUUCACUGUGAGACCUACAGAAAAGAUCGGAAUUGUCAGGAAAUCGACUCUUGCGCUCUCAUUGUUACGGAUCAUAGAACCAAGUGAAGGAAGAAUCAUAAUAGACGGUGUCGACAUCAGUAAAAUCGGCUUGGAUGACUUGCGAACUAGAAUUACGAUCAUCAGUCAAGAUGUCUCACUUUUCUCGGGGACGAUCAGGAGCAAUCUCGACCCUUUCGACGAGCACACUGACGAGGAAUGCUGGGAUGUAUUGGAAAGAUGUCAUUUGACGUCCAUCCUGCGCCGCUCAACCGGCAAAUCUGGAGAAAGCGAAAUUGCGUUGGACAUGCCGAUCAGUCAAAUUGGCUCGCUGAGCGCUGGCGAGCGACAGCUAGUUGCAAUGGCGCGCGCUGUGCUACGACGGAGUAAUAUAGUAAUAAUGGACGAGGCAACUUCGCAGAUAGACUCUAAGCUCGACGACGAGAUUCAACGAACUAUUCGUGAAGUGUUCACCGGGGCCAUAGUAAUCACAAUCGCCCAUCGACUCAAAACGGUAUUGGACUACGACCGCGUCCUUGUCAUGGGCAACGGAGAGAUCCUGGAGUUUGACACCCCAAAGGCCUUGAUAUCCAAGGAGGAUGGAGCUUUCAGCGGGAUGUGUCGAGUCAGCGCGGAUUGGAGGGAAUUAACUGCGAUCGUGCAAAAGGAUAAUUAG